UAUUCAGUGAAUCUUGGUUAAAUAAAUAAUCUUCUAAAUCAACCUUUGCCCAAUCAAAGUCCAGCCUUACUUAUAGAUACCGCCACAGGAGGGACAGCAAAAGAGAAUUCCUGUGAAUGCUGCUCCACACAGACAUACAGAGAUGAUUUCUGUUCUCCAGCCCCGAGAAUGUAAAGUGACCAAAACACCCCAAAAGACUUACGGAUUCUACCUGCGUGUUGAGAAAGACACAGCAGGACAUCUCAUCCGGAACGUGGCAAAGAACAGCCCAGCUGAAAAGGCUGGCUUGAAGGAUGGAGACAGAGUCCUCAGAGUUAAUGGUGUGUUUGUAGACAAGCAAGAACAUGCACAGGUGGUGGAGAUUGUCAAAAACAGCGGGAAUUCUGUUGUACUACUUGUUCUGGAUGAUGCGUCCUAUCAAAAGGCUGAAAAGGAAGGACUAAACUUGGAAGAGCUUGGUCAAAAAGUGUCAACAGGACAGCAACAGGAGCAGCAGUCCCCACCAUCCAUGGUCAAUGGAGCAAUCACCGCAGUUCCACAACCCCGACUCUGCUACCUAGUGAAGGAAGAGAAAGGCUAUGGCUUCUCUCUGAAAACCACAGAAGGACAGAAGGGGUUGUUCAUAGUAGAGCUUUCAUCACAAGGAGCAGCUGCAAAGGCUGGUGUCCAAAAUAACGAUCGCCUGAUUGAAAUCAAUGGAAAAAAUGUGGAAAAUGACACACAUGAGGAAGUGGUGGAAAAGGUAAAGAAGUCUGAGAAUCGUGUUAUGUUUCUACUUUCAAAUGAAGAAACAGACCACUAUUACAAGAGCCAGAAGAUGGUACUGAGCAAAGAGAGUGCCAGCCUGAGAUUGCUUCCCCUCAAACCACGACUUAUUGAGAUCCAGACAGGAGAAAAUGGUUAUGGCUUUUACCUGCGGAUGGAACAAAAUACUGGUGAUCAUGUAAUCAAGGAUGUUGAUGCUGAGAGCCCAGCAGCCACAGCGGGUCUCAAAGACAAUGAUAUCUUAGUAGCUGUCGAUGGAGAGCUGGUGCGUGGUCUGGACCAUGAAAAUGUAGUGGGAAAAAUUAAGCAGUCUGAAGCAAAAACCACACUGUUGGUAGUGGAUAAGGAGACUGAUGCCAUGUAUAAACUGGCUCAGAUUUCCCCUUUCUCUUACUACUACAAAGCACAAGAUCCAACUCCAGCUAAAAUGGAGGAAAGAGCGGAGUUGCACACUGAGCAGAAUGUGAACCACAAGCCAAGAAUUUGCAAGAUGGUGAAAGGGCCUAGUGGAUUUGGCUUCAGUUUAAACAUGAUUAAGAACAAGCCUGGACUGUUCAUCAAUGAGGUAAAAAAACACGGACCAGCUGACACAGCAGGUGUGGAAAAUAACGACUUCUUGGUGGAAGUGAACAGCGUGAAUGUGAUGAAUGAAUCCUAUGACAAAGUGGUGGAAAGAAUCCAAGAUAGCGGUGACAGACUAACACUACUGGUGUGCAGCAAAGAUGCUUACAAAUACUUCCAGGACCAGAACAUUCCCAUCACAGCCUCUAUGGCAGAUCCAGUCUAUGACACUUCUGAACCUCCUGCUUACACAGAAAACCAUCCAUCAGAACCAGAGAGAAACUCAUCUGAGCCAAGGGAAAGGGCAAGCUCAUCCUCCUCUUCACAAUCAGCUGCCUCUACAAGAGCAGACAGUGACAACAGUGACGACACGAAGUUGUGAGGAAACAAACUAUGCCAAGAACAAAAAGUCCUGUAAAGGACUGCAAUCUCUUGCUGAAAUCCAGCUGCCUUAAGUAAACAUUUCAGUGUAAAUUGCAUUCAUUUAACACACUGCAAUUGUACUUCAUUGCUUUCUGCCUUGUAAGGUGGGCAGUUAGUCACUUCCUUCUGUAAAGGCUUAAAUAACUUUAUAUAUAUAAUUAAGUAUAGUGCAGCAGAAGGCAGAAAUGCUUUCUAUUCGUAAGCAUCUUAGCCUUUUAAGGAUAAGCUCUUAAUAAAGAGCAAUUGAUUUCUCCCCAUCUCCCAGGAGAGGAAGUUCUCCCCCUAAUGCAAGUCCGCCAGCUCAAGCUCUGUGGCAACUCUUCUAUGCUAUACUUACUGCUGUACAACUGCUGUGAAGUGGCAUAAGCCAGUGUACUCUCUGCAUUACACUCCUUUCUCCUGGUAACAUCACAAAAAUGUCUUGCAAACAUUAAGCUAACCUCGUAAUUCAUAAAUCAAGAUAUUUAAGCACUAUUCUUUCUCCACUGCAUGCAGUUGUGGAUCAUGGUAGUUAGAACAGCAUACAUAAUUCACUCAUGCAUAUUAUUUAACUCAAAGUAAACACCACAUUGUCUUGAACACGACAUAAAUGGCUUUGUAAUACUGCUGCUGUAUACUCUCUUUGCUGUACACUGAAAACAACCCAUAAAUAAAUUGUUUAGAGUGCCUAUUAGCACCCACA